AUGGCUAACGUGCCGACACCAAGACCAGCGAUCGCACGCCCCGCAACCAGAACACGGUAUUUUAUCCGCGGCGGUCUAGAUGAUGGCACCGAUAUCGAAAAUAACAACCACGGAGAUCUCACAGACGGUCUGAAUAGCCAGUUAGAAAUGAUAGCUGCGAGGAGAAGCGGCUUUGCUCAGUCUACCAGAAUACCUAAAGCCGCCUUCGAUGGUUUGUGCCACCCUCCUGGCCCCGGUGUCGGCGUCCCCUUCUUCCCCUUCCCGUCCCGCUGGCUCGCGCUCGUCGGCCGCGAGGAGUGCCUGAUCAGCUUGACCAAGCUGCGCGGCCUGCCCGCUUCUGACGACCAAGUGCAGACCGAGUACAUGUGCAUCGUCGCCAAGGUCGAGUUCUAA